GCCGCAGCCUCAGACUUUCCCGACCCAAAUCUCGUCAUUAGGGGUCAAUGAUUGACGAGUGAAUGUGCCCGUCACGUGAGCAUUUUCCCUCUUCCACUCCAACCCCUCCCCCCAACAUCAUGGACGGUGAAAGAUCUGUUCAAUUUACAAACUGGGCUUCUUUCGUUAUCGUGAACCAGUUAUUAACGCACAGCUUCUCCGCAACGCCUAAGGCUCAUUUCACCACCGCACGAUGCGUCCUCGGCUAUCCUUCCAGCGACGUCAGAGCACAAGCCCACUCCCACAUCCAUUACCUAAGCCGACGCAUAGCUACUCGCGCCAGUCGUGCUCGCCCAUACUUAAACCCUCGCCGCCAAGCUUCCCAGCUCCCCUCAACUUUUUCUCUCCACACAACCCGCACCCGUGCAAGCGAGCAGCUCAACUCUUCCGCACUGGCGCACUAUUCCUUCAACGUCAGUCCAACUACCUCAGCAAUUCGAUCGACCCAGCCCAUCAUGGCUGAUACCCCAUCAAUAUCGCUUUCACCGACAUUGUCGGCAACGUCCACGGUGGAUUCCUGUUCAACGGCGCUUUCGAGCCUGGGCUCGCCGGCCAUGGGACCGAAGGACUGUUCUUCGGCUGUCGAUCUAUGCGAUCUCGAUUCAGCGAAGCCGAAGGACGAGACGAAUAUUAUCCCGGUCACCAUUCAGCAACUGAAGAUCGCCGGCGGCAUCUGGUUCUACCUUACGCACGUCGACAAUGCGACACUUGCUAAGCUGCUGGCGCUGCUCGUAUUUGGAUUUGCUGCUUUCCUCUCGGUCUGCUCCUACGCCGGCGUCCAGCACCCGGUCUUCCCCGAUUACGAGAUCCAGUUCCUUCCAGAUGGGGAGAUCGACACCAAGGAGAAAGAAUCGAAGGCUUCCAACCGAGACAACGCCGACGCUGCUGCCCAGACAGAGUUUGCCACUUCUUCACAGCCCACACAGCGCCUCAGCAUCCAGACCCCGCAGCACACCGCCGUCGAGAUCAAGUCGCCGCCCACGGCAAAGAUCCAGCGCCAGCAAGAAGAAGCUCGGCGCCGGGAGAAAGCUCGUCGAGAUGCAGUUAUCAAAGAAGCCAUGCGUGAAUUGCUAUUACAGCACAGCGGUCUCGCACAACCCGAAGACUGCAUCGUACUGAUCAAGGCCGUCCGACCGACCGCGGACGACGUCGUUCUCGCAUGGAUGAAGUCCUUCACCAACUACGAGUGUGAGGGCCCUGUCAUCCGCAUCGACCGCAGCGACGAGCAUCCGUUCCCCCGGCCAUAUCGAGCGUACGAUAUCGAGCGUGCAAAGGACGCCGCUAUCGAGUUCCCCACCUCCAUCCCGGGCCCCGCCGAAGGUAGCCCCGCGACACACCCCAAUUACAGCAACGAUGCGUACAUCAAAGGCCUUGAGCAGGAGCAUGACUACGAAUUCUGCUGCACCAACAACCCGCUCCUGCUCGUGUGCACCUCGCACCACGGCGUCUGGCUCUUCUAUGACGGUGAGAACUACAGGCUUGUGAGCUGGCUGGCGGACAAGAACAUUUGGUACUCGCCGGACUACCAGUUCGGCAUCGGCCUGGAAGACGACGGAACGUUUACCGUCAAACAAGGCGAUCCGGCGACGGAUGCGCAUAUGUCGGCGCCUCCUAUCUGGGUGCCGAAGGAGAAAAAGGGCGAGAAGAAGGAGAUGGGGCCGUGGUGGAAGGAGACGGCGAGAGAGUGCGAGGAGACGAUGCAGAAGGAUCCGGUGUGUACGAAGGAGCGGAAUAAGCGCAAGGCGGACAAGGAGCGCGCGAAAGAGGAGAAGAAGCGAGCCGAAGAAGAGAGGGAGCGUGAACAGGAGCAGCAGCAGCAGUGGGCUUACCAACAGUGGUUUUACGCACAGUGGGCCCGCCAGCACGCCACUGGAUACCAGUACCCUCCUCGACAAUCGGCCUGGGCAGAUGCGGACGCCUACGCGUACCAGAAGUCCGAGGAGACCAGGCGGCAAUACUGGAGCCAGCCGGGCCAUGCUGCGCAGCAAGAGCGCGCCCGCCGGCAAGCUGCCGCUCAGCAGAAGGCGGAGAGAGAAGCCCGUUCCCAGCAACAGCAGAAGCGUACUGCGCAGCAAGAGAAGUGUCGACGCGACGAGCAGAUGCACAACUUCGCAAGCGGCAACUUCCAGAAGAAAAAGCCGGCUUUCGGGAAGACGAUGUGGGAUUAGAGAAGUCUG